UUCUUGUCCGAUUUUCUGGCCACGUGAGCGUUGCUAUUGCUCGAUGGCUCUCUCAAUUACUCAGAAAAACAUUUAGAAAUAAUGAGUGAUAACUCAGUGUAACCGGUGACUAGCAAUUCCUCGAGAAUGCUGUCGACACUCUUCGGAGCUGCUCUGAGAGGAGCUGUUCGAUGCCGAGCUGUCGUGUCAUCCCCUAAACUACAAAAUUAUGGAUUUACCGAGGGCAAACCCCUUUUUGGAGGGCUAAAAUCCAGCUUCGAUAGUGAAUAUCGAGGGAUUUCCUCCCUUAUGUCGUCAAUGAGAUUGAGCCAAAAUGUUAAGACGUCACCAAUUGCUCCUGCUGGAGGCUUAUUAACAAAAUCAGUUGAGUCAGCUGUUCUUACUCGAUAUACGCCCACUCGUACUGUCAUCAAGUUCACAAAGUCCAAGGGAAAGCGAGCGACUGUCAAAACUGUCCUGAAACGAUUCUACCGACUGAAUUGGGGAAUCUGGAUAAGAACCAAAGCCAGCAGACACAAGCGAAGAUGGAAAAAAAGCGCUGCCAAUGCUCGACGCUCUCGUCAACACGUAUUCUGCAAUUCUACUCAGUCUUGGAUGCUGGACAAAAUGGUCUCGCCAUUCUGGAGGAAGCCCAAGUUCUGGGUCGAUGACCCUUACGCUCCAUAUCACAAACGUGAGGAGUUCUGGGCCACCAGGACUAAACCAUUACCCAUUACCCCGAAGGAAUAACUUGAUUUAGAUGUUAUGACGGUGGUGUAUUAUAAAUAAUAAUAAAAAUAUGGUUAACACGGUG